CACCUUCACUUCCAUGUUCUAGCGGUUCCUUCGACAGACAAAAGCAGCUAUUUUUUUUUUCUUUGGUCGUGUUUUAGCAAACGCUGAAAAAACAUGAACAUCACCACGAACACCGAGUUACUCGGUCACCUGACGAUGUUCCCAAGUGUUUUCACGGUCCAAAUCUUAAUCCUUUCCAUAGCUGCGAUUGCAUAUUUCAUCACAACCUCGUCGAAUUCCAAGAAAACCAAAGGCCGUACCAGUGGUCCACAGCUUCCACCGGGACCGCAAGCUUGGCCCAUCGUCGGAAACCUCCCCCACCUGCUCAUGAACCGCCCCACCGCCCGGUGGAUGCACCGAGUCAUGAAGGAACUCAACACCGACAUUGCGAGCUUUCGCUUCGGAAACACUUACGCCAUCGAGAUAACAUGCGACAAGAUCGCUAGAGAGGUGAUGAAGGAGAAGGACAAUAUCUUUGCGGACAGGCCUGAGGCCUUCUCGGCUAGUGCCUUGACCGGAGGUUAUCUCUCUGCUAUCUUUAACCCAUCAGGCGAACAAGUGAAGAAGGUGAGAAGGGUCAUGGUCCAAGAGCUAAUAUCGAACGAGAGGCUUGACUGGUUACAUGAGCGAAGGGUAAUGGAAGCAGACGACCUGGUCGCUUAUGUCAAGAACCUACGUCAGAAAUCGCCGAUUGUGAACGUGAGAGAUGUUGUGAGGAGCUACUGCCAUGGUGCCCCGAUGAGGAUGAUCUUUGGGAGGAAGUAUUUCAAGGAAUCUUCAGGUGAUGGUGGGCUCGGUCCGAUCGAGAAGAUCCAUGUUUCCAACAUCUUCACGGCUUUGGACUACGUUUACAGCUUCUGCAUCUCGGAUUACGUCCCAUGGCUUCGGGGCUGGGACCUGGACGGUCAAGAGAAGAUCGUGAAAAAGGCUUGCGAUAUCGUCGGAGAAUACAAUCAACCAAUCAUAGACGAGAGGAUCGAGUUCUGGAGGAAGAAAGGAUUGAAAAAAGAGAUUGGAGACUGGCUUGACAUUCUUGUCACCGUCAAGGAUACCGAUGGGUCCUGGUUGUUGUCUCCUCCAGAGCUCAGAGCCAUCGUUAGGGAGCUGUUUUUUGCGGCGGUUGACAAUCCCGCGAACAACAUCGAAUGGACAAUCGCGGAAAUGUUGAAUUGCCCGGAAACGUUCAAGAAGGCGGCGGAGGAGCUGGAUCGGGUGGUGGGACGAGAAAGGCUCGUCCAAGAAUCCGAUAUCCCGAGCCUCAACUAUAUAAAGUCCUGCAGCAGGGAAGGAUACAGGCUGCACCCUAUCGUCCCCAAUGUCGUGGCUCGCCGAGCAACGCGAGAUACCACCCUCGGUGGUUACUUCAUCCCAAAGGGGAGUACUAUUCAUGUGAGCCGUAUGGGACUGGGCCGGAACCCGAAUGUAUGGGAGAAUCCAGACGAGUUCAGGCCGGAACGGCACAUGGGUGGGACAGAGUGCGGACCAGAGGUACAACUGACCGAGACGGACAUGAGGUUCGUGACCUUUAGUACCGGACGACGUGGCUGCAUCGCGAGCAAGCUGGGCACAAACAUGACCAUAAUGCUGUUGGCUAGGCUCCUCCAAGCCUUCACAUGGAACCUCCCUCCCGGUACGGAAAAGAUCGAGCUCGAAAUGUCGCCGGAAAACAAUCUCAUGGCCAAGCCCCUCAUGGCGGCGGCCGAGCUCCGGUUGGCCCCACAUCUUUACCCAGAGCCAAGGGAGUGAAAUCGGAGAACGUACGUUUGCGUAUAAAACGUUAUAUAUACCCACGUAUAAACGUUUACGUACGCACGCUUGUGCGUACGUGAUCGAUGCCAUGCAAUAUGCAGCUCGUCCAAGUAUCUUUCUUUGUUAUUGAAAGGUCGUGUUUCCUAUAGAUUUUCGCUGAUACCGUGUGUUUUUUUUUGUCGUUUUGUACUGUUGUCGUGUAAUAAGGACCGUGCUCGCUAGUGUAACCACCGGUUACCAAAUUAAUACGUGUUACAUAUAUAUAUGAAUGUUGUUCGAUAUUCUUAUC